AUGGAUGAUGAUAUAAUUCUCGAUGACUCUAUAAAAUCUAAUACACCAACCACUUUUACUACAUCUACUGCUAGUAAUAGUUCACUUUUAAAUCGGGAAGAAGAAGACGAAGAAUUAAAUGAAUAUGUAACUAGAGGUUCUUCAUCAACGGACGAAUUACAAAAAAAAGCGCUGGGUUUUGAAAUAAAUGAAGGGGAUAUGCCAGAUUUUGAUCAAAUGACACUAUCGGCAGCCGAAGCCUUAAAUUCAAAUCGAAUCUUUUCACGAUCCGAUUCACACUUAAAUAAAAGGUCAACUUUGGAGAUAGGUCAUAUAUCAACUAGUUUAAGAAAACAUAAUGAUGAAGAAUUUGAUGGAGAUAUGUCCGAUUGGUCAAUAGAAGGAACAGGUCGAAGAGUAGCAUAUGAUGAUUUUACUACAAUAGAACGAGCUCGACAGCAAAGAACUAAACAACAAAAAGGUUUUAAAGGUCGAUUAAAAAUAAUAUUUGAUGGUAUGGAAGGUUGGAUAGUUGUAUUAUUGGUCGGAAUUGCAUCAGGAAUUAUAGCGGGUAUUAUAGACAUAACAUCAGAUUGGUUAAGUGAUUUGAAAGAAGGAUAUUGUCAUACAGCAUUUUAUUUAAGUAGAAAAAAUUGUUGUUGGGAUCAUAAUCAAUGUACUGAAUGGAUAACUUGGAAUGAUGCUUUAGAAACAAAAUCAACGGGCGCAAAAUUUUGGACAAAUUAUUUUUUUUAUAUAAUAUUUUCGACACUUUUCGCUACUGCAGCUGCUUAUCUUGUUAAAAAUUAUUCACCUUAUUCAGCUGGUAGUGGUAUUCCUGAAUGCCUCAUUGUUGCAUCCAGUUUAAGUUUAGGAAAAGAAGGACCACUUGUUCAUUUAGCUUGUUGUUUUGGUAAUAUUAUUCCUAGAAUUUUUCCAAAAUUUAGAUAUAACGAAGCCAAGAAACGUGAAGUAUUAUCAGCAGCAGCAGCAGCGGGUGUUUCGGUGGCUUUCGGUUCACCAAUUGGAGGAGUUUUAUAUAGUUUAGAGGAAGCUUCAUACUAUUUUCCAUUAAGAACCAUGUGGCGAAGUUUCUUUUGUGCUAUGGUGGCCGCGGUCUCUCUCGCUGGUUUAUACGGUGCUCUAUUUAUACGCAUUAAUUUAAAGAUUGCAACUAUUCGACAAGAAUCAUGGUUACGUUUUUUUAGUGUCCAUGAAGUAGUAUUUGUCACCCUUUGUGCAUCCAUAGUGAGUUAUUUAAAUAUUUUUAUGAGGGUCAACCCAUCAGAACUUGUAGCAAAUCUCUUCCAAGAAUGUUUAGGAGGCGAUUAUCAUAAUCUUUGCAAAUAUGAAAGUCAUUGGAAACCAGCAUUAUUACUUUUAAUUGCAUCAAUAUUAAAAUUUUUUAUUACGGCCGUAACCUUUGGAUUGAAAGUUCCUGCUGGAGUAUGGUUACCAUCUAUGGCAAUAGGUGCAUGCUUUGGUAGAGCUAUUGGAUUAUUGGUUUAUGCUUUACAUAGUGUGGCUCCUGAUUUAUGGAUUUUCUCGUCAUGUGAACCUGAUGUACAAUGUAUUACACCAGGAAUGUACGCUAUGGUUGGUGCUGCAGCGACUUUUGGUGGAGUAACGCUGUCAUUAGUGGUAAUAAUGUUUGAAUUAACCGGUGCAUUGACUUAUGUUCUUCCUAUAAUGGUAGCAGUAAUGAUUAGUAAAUGGGUUGGAGAUGCAUUUGAUAGAGAAGGAAUUUAUGAUGGAUGGAUUCGUAUUUGUGAAUAUCCAUUCUUAGAUAGUAAAGAAGAAUAUGUUUAUAAUACAUCUGCGUCACAAGUUAUGACUCGAGUUGAAGAUUUAUUGGUAAUAACUACUACUGGACAUACUUUAGAAAGUUUAGAGGAAUUACUCAAUGAGACUGAAUAUAAAGGAUUUCCGGUGGUACAUAAUUCGAGAAAUAUGUUAUUAAUAGGAUAUAUAUCAAGAUCUGAAUUGAGAUAUGCAAUGGAAAAAGUAAAGAGAAAACAAGGAAUAUCAAGUUCGGCUCCUUGUUAUUUUUCCAGCAAUAUUCCUAUCCUUGAUUCUACAAUUUUUGUUGAUUUUCGACCUUGGAUGGAUCAGACACCAAUUACUAUCUCUCACAAAUUCCCAAUGGAAAUGGUUAUUGAAAUAUUUAGAAAAAUGGGUCUUCGUUAUGUUUUGGUUACAAAGAAUGGUCAACUUCUAGGAUUAAUUACUAAAAAAUCUGUCUUACGUCAUCUUGCCGCCAUUCAUCAUCCAGUGAAUUCUGAUGAUUUUAAUGAAAAUCUUAUGAUGUUACCAGAGAGAAGAAUGUCAAGUUUUGCAGGAGAAAACUUUGGAACUGAUUAA